AUGGAUGCCAAUAACUGGGAAUUUAUACAAGUACGUAAUGGCAAUGUCGUAGUCACCGAAGGCAACCGGCACAACCAUAUUGCGGAGGGCGUCUGGAUCACAUUCUGGGAUAAUGGUUAUCCGCAUUUUAUGACCACUUAUAAAGGCGGGGUGAAAGAUGGAACUUGUAUAGAGGUAAACCGGAACGGGAUGACGGAGCUGGUAGAAAACUACCGGAAUGGAUUGCAGGAAGGUCCGCGCAGAGUGUAUCAGCCGGGAGGCGGGCUGAUCGAAGAAGCCUAUUAUUCAGCAGGCAGGAAAAACGGAACAUUUGUAAAGCGCUAUGCAAAUGGACAAAAGCAGGAAGAAACCAUUUAUAAUAACGACAAGCGCGAUGGAAAGACAACCUGGUAUUAUGAAAGUGGCAUCAAAGCUGCC